AUGGCCAACCUUUGGUUUCAUUUUUCCUUCUCGAUGUUCUCACAGCUUUGCUGUCCCAUUGUCUGCCCAAUUUCAUGUCAAACCAAUUUCACUAGAAAUGAUGAACUGGCACUUCUUGCUUUCAAAUUUUCUGUGAGAGACCCAUUCAAUCACUUGGCUAAUUGGUCCAACUCUUCCUCCAUUUGCAAUUGGGUUGGGGUUACUUGUGAUGCUAAUGGUGAGAGAGUAAGGAUGUUGAAUCUUGCUCACAUCAGUCUAAUGGGCACCUUACCCUCACAAGUGGGGAAUUUGUCCUCCCUUGUUGAACUUGAUCUUCACAGUAACAACUUUCAUGGUGAGUUACCAAAGGAGUUGCUGCAGUUACACAAGUUGACAAUUCUCAACUUGAGCUCUAAUGAACUUGAUGGGAAGAUUCCAACUUGGAUUGGAAGUUUAUUUUCUAUUCAGCACCUGAUCUUUCGUAAUAAUAGCUUUGGGGGUGUUAUUCCUCCAAGUGUUUCGAAUUUGUCAAAGUUAGAGAACUUGGAUUGGAAUGAUAAUUUUAUCCAUGGAUCUAUUCCACCGGAGAUUGGAAGGCUUCAAUGUAACCUUCCAUCAGAUUUUGGAUGUGGCCUUCCUAAUCUAGAGGAGCUAUAUUUAUGGAGCAACAAACUUUUUGGGAUAAUGCCAAAUACUAUUUCCAAUGCCUCAAAGCUGACCAUUCUAGCAUUGACAGAAAACAAUUUCAAAGGGGUUUUACCAAGCACACUUGGGGAUUUAAGAUACUUGAAAAAACUUGGAAUAGAGGAAAAUCCAUUUUAUGUAAAACUUCCCAAGUCCAUUGGAAACUUUUCUAAUUCUCUACAAGAGUUGGACAUCGUUUCUUUCUUGUGGUAUCAAUGCAACUUACAAGCUCUUCAAUAUUUGAGUCUUGAAGGCAAUGACUUGCAUGGCUUAAUUGUUCAUGAGCUUUGUGAAAUCCAACCACUUGGUCAUUUACAUCUAAGUCGAAACAAGUUUUCUAGAGCAAUGACAUCUUGCUUCGGAAAUCUUUCUUCUCUAAGAGAACUUCACUUUGGCUCUAAUAAGUUGGGUUUAGAGAUACCAUCUUCCUUUUGGAAUUUGAAAGACAUAUUGGAAGUAAACUUGUCUUCCAACCAUUUUGUUGGGAAUCUUUCAUCAAGGGUUGAGAACUUAAAAGCUCUUUCUUUAUUAGAUUUAUCUCAAAAUCAUAUUUCAAGUAGCAUUCCAACAACUAUGGGUAGUUUGCAAAAUCUGCAAAUUCUCUCUCUUGCAGAUAAAAAAUUGCAAGGAUCUAUUCCUGGAUCACUUGGGAAUUUGCUAAAUUUAGAAAAUUUAGACCUUUCCCAAAAUAAUUUGUCUGGGAAGAUUCCUAAAUCUUUGGAGUUACUUAUUGAUCUUAAGUAUGUCAAUCUCUCUUAUAACAAACUCCAAGGAGAGAUUCCAGAUGGAGGAGUUUUUAAAAAUUUGACUCUUGAAUCUUUUAUGAUGAAUCUAGCUCUUUGUGGUCUACUGCAACUCCAAGUGCCUCCAUGCAAAAAAGAAACAGGAGAAAGAUUAACGACAAAAUUGCUUUUAUUGAAAUGCAUACUACCCAUAGUUGUGUCAAUAAUUUUGGUUGUUUUAGGCAUUAUCCUUUUAAGGCUUAAACAACAAAAUUCAAGGUGUCUAGUUGAAAGGGAUUUAUCAACUUUAGGAGUGCCAAGAAGGAUUUCUUAUUUUGAAAUCCUAGAAGCAACCAAUGGAUUUGAUGAGAGCAACAUACUUGGAAGAGGUAGUUAUGGUACUGUGUUCAAAGGAAAGCUUUCUAGUGGAAUGGUUGUUGCAAUUAAGAUAUUCAAUUUUGACUCACAAGUAAUAGUAGGGAGCUUUGAAAAAGAAUGUGAUGUACUGCAUAAUUUGCGCCAUCACACUUUGGUGAAGGUUAUAAGUUGUUGUUCUAAUGUUGAUUUCAAAUCUUUAGUAAUGGAAUUCAUGCCCAAUGGGAGCCUUUAA